AUGUCAACCACAAGAAGGCUGACUAGAAAUAACAAGAGACCCGUGCAUUAUGAUGAGUCAAGUGAUGUAGAAGAGGAUAAUGAGGCGUAUGUCCCUUCAGAAGAACAGGAUAAAGAGAAUGUACUCAAUCACGUUACCAAAUCAACCAAGAGAAGGGCCACCACCAACGCCACCACCACAAGCGCAAACACGUCAAAGAGGCAACGAAUUAGUGGGAGAAGCAACCACCAGCAGACUCAUCAAGGAUCUAACACUAAAUCAAAGAAAAAUCGUAAAGGAAAGAAUAAACAACCACAGUUGGAGGAUGACUGGGAAGAGAACUACUUGUAUCAAGCUUUAUCAAGUCCCGAGAUCAACAUACUUGAUCUUGCACAAGAAUGGAUUGAAACAUAUGAAGAAGAAUCAGCUCUGGCCAACACAGACUCAACCUCAGUCACGUUAUUGAUCAAUUUAAUUUUAAGAAGUUGUGGUUCAUUCCACCUUUUCCAACCCCAUGAUUUAACAAAUUUGGAAAGUGCUAGUAGUACAGUUGAAGAGAUUACAUUGGCAUUUGGUAACCAAUCUACCCAUAAGUUCCCGUUUAAACUUGUGCCCGUUUUUAAAAAGAACGUGUUGCAAUUUUUCCAACAUAUUAUUGAAAUAUGUCAUGAAAAGGGAUUAUUGUAUCCAUCAUACACAGAAGCCAACGCCGACGAUGGUGGCAGCUCCCUGAGCCAGUCCCAGUUGAUGUCAUAUUUAAUCACAUGGGCAACCAAUCUUUGUGGAUCUGCUGUUAGAUCAUUGCGUUUUACAAGUACAGAAAUAUCCCUAGCUAUGCAAUUGGAAUUGAGUAAAAUUGGUAAAUCAAUCACUACUAAUCUCGAUAGGUCAAGAAAGCACUUAUAUAAAUUGACAGAUGAGAGAUCAACCAAAUACAAGACGAUCAAGUCCACCAUUGACAAUUAUGAAUCGCAAUUAAACACAUUGAAUGAAUAUUUUGAUGAAAUCACUUCAACGGUUGUUUCACAAAGAUACAAAGAUUCUGAUCCUCAGAUUAGGCUUGGUGUGGUCAAGUACUUGAUUGAUACAAUGAUUUCCUAUCCAUCGUAUUUCUGCCAAUCGCAAUUCUUAAAGUAUUUUGGUUGGUUAUUAUCUGAUCCGAUAAAUCAAGUCCGCAACGAAAUCACUCGUGAUUUACUAAAAUUGUACAAGUUGAACAAGAAUCAGGAUAUUGUUGAUGGAUUAGCCCAGUUUUCAGCAAAGUUCCAACCACAAUUUGUUGCCAUGUGUUCCGUUGAUGCUGAUACAAAUGUUCGAGCCCAUUGUUGUGGAAUUUUAACCGAAAUGAUCAAGAUGGGAUUCCUAAAUGGUGACAAUAAACACUCAGUUAUCAAAGCGUUCCCAUUUGAGUCUUCAACGAAAUUGAAGUUGCAAAAUGAAUUUGUCAAGUUUAUCCAAGUGGCUACUGAAGAGAAAGUAAAACAAGUUUUGGAAAAAAACCAAUUGCUAUUUGAUCAGAAUACGUUUGUUUUACGUGACCAUGAUGUGAGGGAUAUCUUGCUGAUAAAAGUAUUGGCUCAAGAAUUGAGUUUUCUUGUUGAACAGGAACAGCCAUUGGAAGUGAUAUUUGAGUCGAUUGCAAUGAGUCUGGUUUACUCGACAAAGUUGGGAUGUUUUCUUGAUUAUUUGUUGACUGAUAUUGCCGAGUUGAGAGAUAAAAAUGCUGACAACGAUGAUGACGAUUUGAACCUGGAUCUUGAUCAAGUUAAGCAAUUGAUUCAACUUGAUGAUUUUGAGAAACAAACUUUACUUGAAGCUAUACACGGUAUAAUUAAAGCCACCUUGAGAAAGAAAUCUAGCAAACAGGGUGGGGGGCGAAGAGGAGAAGAAGAAGAGGAGGAAACAAAGUCAGCAAUUAUUACCCAGUUCAUUGACUAUAUCCCUAAGUUGCAAACAUUUUGCUCCAAAUCAAACAAUCGAUACAAGAUAUUUAUAUCCAUUUGGCAAGAUUUGAUCGAUGAUAAACAUAAUUGUAUAUUCAAUUAUUACAUCAAGUUGGAUAAGAUUGAUCAAUAUGAGGAUGUGAUUCAUUCAAUAUUGCAAUAUUAUUAUGAAUUUAGUUUAGUCAAUGAAUUUGCAAUAUUUUUUGAAAAAUUGUUUAAUCUGCGAGGAUUAACUGAAUCAAUUAAAUUUGAAAUACAGAGAAUUGUUAAUGAAUUGGUUGGGAGUACCAUCGUGUAUUUGCGAGACAGUCAUGAAGAAGAGCAAGAAGGUGACAUCAAUUUACACAAUAGCAACGAGGAAGUUGAUAUGGAUCAUGAUUUUGUGUUGUGGACGAAUCGACAGAAACAUGUGAUUAAACUAUGUCGUGAAACCUCCAUUUUGGUAUCCAAGAUUAAAUUGAUUAGCCAUUAUGUAAACAUUGCCAAUUUGGAACAAAUUGAUGAUUUAAUUUAUCAAUUCAACAAUCGAAUACUUAACAAAUUUGAUUUGAAUGUGGUUUUAAACCAAUGGAAACAUAAUUUUAUAUUGCAGUUACCGCAAUUUUCGCAGGCUUUUAUAUCGAUUGUCGAAUUGGUAUUUAUUAUUGUGGGAUGGAAGUUUGAGAAAUUAAUUGAUGUUCCAAAUCAACAGCAGCAACAUAUUGACAUUGAGUUGGAGUUGGAGAUGGUGGGGGAUGUUGUCAGUAAUUUAAUUCGAUACAUUGAUGAAACAAAGGAUAUGACUAUAGCUGAACAUAAUCAAGAAGAUUUAACAAAAUUGAUUGGUUUCAAAUGUCAAGUGACUUAUCAGUAUAUCAAUUUGAUCAUUUCGUUUCGCUUAUUUUAUACCAAGUUUCAUGAUGAUAAUAACUUCAGUCAUUUUAAAUCGUAUUUCCGACUGAAUAAAUAUGUCAUUCUGAUUAAACCCGAUUUACAAAUGGAGUUAUUGGAGAUGUUUUUGAUUAAAGAAGUUAAAUUGGCUAGUGCACUUGAAAUUGAAUUAGACAGAGAUGAUGAGGAAGGAGUACACUAUGAAGAAUAUGUUGAUGUCCAGAUGGGUGCCAAUGAAGAAGCAACUGCGUUUUCAGAGGAUGGUGAUGAUGACGAUGAUGACGAGGAAGAGAGGAGAAUUCGCCGUGAGAAACAACAACGUCUUUUCAAGGCCAAAGAAGAACAAAUGAAGCAAGACAAAAUAUGGCAAUUGGAAAAAGAUUUAUCAGUAUACGCCUUGAAAUUAAUAUCAUUGAAGAAAUUACAAUUAAUUUCCAAUGACAUUUAUCAACGAUUGAAGAAGAAUGCUGGUAAGUUGGGAGAAGUAUAUUAUAAAUUGACUGAACAAGAAAAGGAUGUUGAAAAUAGGACUGCUGAUGGAGAUAUACCAAGAGGACAUCAAAUAAUGGAUUUAGAUGUUGAUGUUGAGACAGCAGGAGGAGAAAAUGAAGGUGAAGGUGAAGGUGAAGGUGAAGACCGAUCUAUUAAUGCCACUAAUAUUGACAACACAGCUGAUGUUAGUAAUGAGCAAGAACAAGAUGUGUCAAUGAAUCUACAGUUGGAAUUAGAUGUCUAG